AUGCGCGCGCGCCCGCGCCUGGCAGGCCUGCAUCGCUGGAGUGCCCCGCGGAGCUCCCCGGGGGCCGCAGCAAGGAUCAGCGAGGGCUCCAGCAGGCACAGCUCGAUCGCCGAGCAUGGCCCGAUCGCGUCAGCGAGCCUGUCAGUGAAGGGUGAGAGGCAGUUCAGAGCUGCCGUCAGGUUGACGCACGGGUCCAUGAGAAGGUCGGUUCAUGAAGGGACGGUCCCGAACAACGACAGGCUUAUCGCCUCGAUAGUGAAGGGGCGCACCUUCAGUAUUGGAAUCGCCUGCCUGAUCGUGGUCAGCACAGUGAUGAUCGGCAUCGAAACCCAGCUGCUUGCUAGCCUGUCCGAGCGAGGUCCUGGCUCGGAGACAUGGAUAACGGCCCUGUCAAUAACGAACUACGUUCUCACGUUCUUGUUCACUGUGGAAAUGGUAUUGAGGCUAUACGUGUUCAGACUUGAUUUUUUCCUCCACGAAAGAGUGUGGAAUCUGUUUGACGUUCUCAUCCUGCUCCUGGCGCUUGGCGAAGUUGCUUUAGAGGUUACCAUGUAUGCGGUCUCAGACAGGGAUAUAUCUCUCUCUGACCAUGGUGGAUCAUCGAAGGUAUUGCGCCUCUUCCGCCUCACUCGGCUUCUUCGGCUCGUCCGAACAUUUCGACAGCUGAAGCCUCUGCGGCUGCUGCUGCAUUCUCUGUAUUGCGCUGGCAAGUCUGUCUUUUGGGCACUCCUGUUGCUCUUCACAAUCGUAUACUCCUUCGGAGUCAUCCUGACUCAAGCUGUGACAGAGCAUACUGACGCUGGGACGCGGGUCGAGGAUGAAUUUCUGAUCUCGUAUUACGGGAAUCUUUACCGGUCAAUGUUGAGUCUUUGGUGGGCAGUCUCUGGAGGUAUUAGCUGGUACGAGCUCACCGAUCCACUCGAGAGGACAGGGAACGCGGUGUGGUCAUUGCUAUUCCUGGCCUACAUAGCCUUCGUAUACUUUUUCAUAUUCAAGAGGAUCACGCGUCUUCUGCCAGAACGCCAUCGAGGGAGCUCAACAAGAUUUGGAGCUUACAAUUGA